AUGCCCCAUGGCGGGAUGGACGAGGGAAACGUUGAUACUUCGGGGACUCCCACCGCUUCGGAGGCACCACCAGAAGGCACGGUUGAGUCUAGGGUACACCAACAGCAACAAGGGCAGCAGCAGCAGCAGCAAGCGAUAGGCAUCAACGAGGCACGAUUCUUCCCCUCGCCGCCCGGUCCAAGCCACGUUCAGUACACUGACGAGGAACGUGCUGCUGAGGCAGUGGCUGCAGUAGUGGUCAUGGAAAUGGAGGCGGAGCGACAACAGAGGGGCGGAGGAGAGAGUCAGAAGUCUAUUGAUGCGCUCAAGGAUUAA